CUUCUGUCUUUCCUGUGCCUGCAGGUGGUCCCAGGUGUCCCUGCCCUCCCAUGAGCUCCUGGGAGCUCUCUUGCUGGAGGCCCACAGGCGGCCUCUCUGCCAACCGUCCAUCCCAGGGAGCAGUCAGGAAUGGCCAAGACCGAAGUUACCUCGACAGUCCUCACCCAGGUUGCAGUGGGAAGAGAUCACUCUAGCUACUGAGAGCUGAUGCUAUAGCGUUUAGGCUUAUGUUAUUAGAAUCUGGAUGAGACCACAUCACAUAUAAUGAGUGAUUUUCUUCACUCUCCUCUAAUUAAGACUCUUGGGCACUUAUGCAUCAUUGUUGAGUAGUUGAAAGACUAUCACAGUAAGGAACUAAUAAAUCCUGAAGAAACUAGGGAUAAGGAAACAGAUUAUGUUGGUCUUGCUUGGGGGCCUCAGAUACCCACCCAUGUCAAUAAACAGAGUGUCUAUUACUGCAGGGAUUUGACCAGGCCACGAAUCAAAUAUGUUUUUCACUAAGAGUCAGAGUCUCUCUCUCGUCACAGGAUGGAAAGUGAGCCAGGGGCUUGAGUGCCUUUUGUUGCAGAGUAGCUCAGCAUAGGAAAGCUAGUGGGAAGGUCACCAAGGGCACACAGGGGCCACACUGCCAAAGCUGUCACAACAUUGUCUGCUCAAGAUACCCACAGAAGGUUUUCCUUCUCUGCUUAGCAGCCCUGAGUUAUGGAUUUGCAGAAAGUUAAACAUGACUCUAGGUUCUGGAUUCUAGGUUCCCAAGGAUUAGCAGAAAUGUUGCCUUUUUUCUUUGUCAGGAAGCGGUAUUGUUGAUAUAUAAAGAACACAUAGUCAGUGAAACUGGAAUCUAGUCAUUAUGUCAUUCUAUAAACAGUUGCUGAACCUUCUUAUGCUCCAACAACCAUGGGAGAACUUGUCUUGUGAUAAGGCAAAUACACAAGGUUCAGGAAGUUUUUGAAGUAUUGAGGUAUUGAGUGACCAGUAUUCGUAAUGAAAAGUGAAUACGUUUGCAGGUAUGUGUUCACAGGUAGGCUUAGAUGCUUAAAAAAAAAGAUGCUUACAAUAAGAGUGGCUAUAUGGUAAGCCUAAGAGGACAGCAGGGAAGGAUAAAUUUAGAUUCUUAGCAUAUAUUUUUUUUUCAAGAACUGUCAAGAACCUUAUUUACAAUUUUACAUUAAUGUCUCUAAGAUCUGGGAUCAGUAAGAAAUUUGGCCUUUACAAAUAAAGGUAUCUAAUUAAAUAUAGUCUAUGUUAGCAGGUACUAUAUACAUUUGUUGUUUUUUGGUUUUGCUUUGUUUGUUUGUUUGUGAUGUCUCUAUGUGGGCAAGCUUGGGAAAAUGUUUUCUUCUUUCUGGGCCUCCAUUUCCUAAAUGAAGUAUUGCUUGUGCACAAUGUUCCUUCUGGUUCCUACAGUGUGAAUCUGGCCUCUCCUGUCAGCCUUAGAUGAUUCAGGAACAUAUCCUAAAGCUAAUGCAUCUUCUAGUGAACCUUGCAAAGAGAAUAGCAGAAUGGUCUGAUUUCACUUUGCAAACCCCUUGAAUCACUGUUACAUUGAACAAUCAAUGACCCAUAGGAUAUAAUUAUAAAGCCACAUAAUUCGUGUCUCCCAUUCUCCUUUAAAUGUAUCCUGUGGGACCACUUCUGUCCCGUCCAUGGAUGAAAUUUUGGACAAAUCUUAUGACUUUUCCUGCUCCUUUCAGGUAGCAAAGCAUUCUCUAGUCAACAAUUAGUAUAUCUAGGUCAGAGUAAGAACAAAAUUUAAAUUUCACUCAAAGAUAUAACUAUUCCCCAUUCCCAGUUCAGAUCUGCUUCAGGCCAGUUGGCUUCUCUCCACCUCACGCUUAACCUUGUGUUUUUGCCCCCUCCUAUAUUUAGCUAAUAAUGAUUCUGAAUCCUUCAUGACCGGAGUAGGGGACAGAAGUGAGGUAAGGGGUAGGAGAGUUUUUACUUGACUAAUCCUGUAGUGAGUUGGCAUCAUACACCCUAAUUUGCAGGUGUUUGAAGCUGAUUCUUCAUCCUGUGGGCUCUUACAUGGGCACAUUGGUGAUCCUACCAUCUCUCACUUGCACUUUCCAUGACAUGAACAAAUAAAUAUAACUCUUCUCUGGCUGGUCACUUAUAAUUCCUUCCACACCCCCAAAUCUGUAGGAAACACAUCUCUAGCUUCUUUCUGCAGAGGCCCUGUUGUGCCACCACACAGUCCUGCAGUCCUAAGAUGAUCUUACUUUAGAUCUCUCUUCUGAUGGCCCACAUAUGGUCCUGACAAAUACUACACAUGAUCCUUUCCCCAGACAAACUCUGGGAAGGCUGAACCCUGCAGGCACCUCUGCUUUGUUCUCUGAUCAACGUAGCCAGACUUUUGGAUUUCCCAUGGGAAUCAAACAAUAAUCCAUUGUGUCUCUCAACUCCAGGGACAGAUAUCAAGCUAUUCACAUGGCCACAUUGAAGCCCUUGGGAGCACACUGGACAGUUCUCUCCAUAAUUCAUCUUCUAGUCAACCUGUUUCUCAACCUCUAUAUUUCUUUUGCAGACGUGAUGUAGGUGGUCAUCUGUAGGUACAAAGCUGGCUUUCCACCUUUUUUAUUUUUUUCAAGAUCUGUACACUUCACACUACUUUGGGGUAUCUGUUGUCUUACAGCCUCAGCCCAAACUGAAACUAAAAUGGUUUCAUUUUAACAUCCUGUCCGAGGAGCCCCCCUCCAGCCUUCCUUAAGUAAUUAUUGAGGAAACUCUUGCCUUGGUUUCUACCAUAUCCUCUCCCCUUCCAAGCUCACCAUACUGGAGGACGGUUUAGUCUUUUCCCUGGAGCAGUGUAGCUACAGUUAUUUCUCCCUGAAAGCUCCUUUUCUUCCUAGCUGGCCUGGCUUUGGAAGUAAUAACUUGAAUUGUCUUCAUGAGCCUUUCCCUAGAGCAUGCUGAUUUGAAAAAUGAAUGGCUCCCAAAUCAACCAACCUUGUGGAAGUUGUUUCUCAUGCCCUAGGUGUUGCAAAACCAAGUGCAGUGUGCUUCAUGUGUCUGGGAGUCUCAAAGAAAAUGGAAGAAGCAGCCACGUCAUAGUAUGCUCUAAGCAGCCCCCUUGCCACAUGUCUUUUCCACCAGUCUGCCGUGGAGCCUAAAAUGACACCAUUAGAGAGUUUGCCUUUAGAUUAAGACAUUGCCUCUUUAGGAUUGUCCUUUCAAAUUUCCCUAAAAGGGUAACAUAUCAAGUUAUUAUUGUUUCAGAUGAGGAACUGGCUUAUAACUCACUUUCCCACUUUUGUGGCACGAGGGGCACGUGUGAGAGGGAAAGGACGGAAGUCUUUGUUGAUUUUAGGUUCCAUAUCCAUCUGGAGGACCAACAUCAUUCCAAAACAAUAUUGCAAUCUUGAGCUCAUUUGAACCAGGUUGUUCUCCGCCCCGAUGUUGUUCAAUUAAAGCGAUGGUCUAUCAGGCUUGGUGACACACACUUGUCCACACUCAUUAGAGCAUUUCCAGAAGACACUUGAUUAGACAAUAAGAAAAUGCAAAGCUGUGACACGUAAGACACUAUCAAAGAAACAAAGUUUGUGGCCCCCCCCCCCAAAAAAAGGAUGAUUUGGAGGAAGACAUGAUUUUCUGUUCCAGUAUACAGCAGCAGGUCAUGUGGGUUUGUUCUCUGUGGUUCUGGUGAUAGAUUUAAUUAAACCUAAGGUGUUGCCUCUCAAACUCUGGUCAGAAGCAUCCUCAUCACCUGAGAAAGGCAAGAGCUCAGAGGCCCUCCCACACUCUUUAACAACAGAUCCCGGGUGAUUUGAAGACACAUUAAAGUCUGGGAAGUGUGGAUUUAAGGAAUACUCUCCCAGGUAGAAAACUUGGCAGCUGAAGAGCCAGGUAGAACUCUCACAAGAUAGCUCCUUUAGGAGUCAGGUGGGGCUGAUAUUCGUAGGGAACUUUGAAAAGUCAUAGAAGUAGAAGGGACUGCUUGAGCGGUAGUGAUCUCCCCGUUACUGGUGACAAGUGCAGAUGCCCGCUUAUUAGGCCAUUAGGGGUAACUCUGGCAACCCAGAGAAGUAGGAGCAAGAUGUCACAGCUGGAGGUGGCAGAGGCUAGCUCUGGGCAGCAUGAGGUCAAGGUGCCCCAAGAGUCCCAGUGAGGGUCCCCCGCCCCCGCCGAGGUGGAUCCCAAGGCAGAGGGGCUCACGUUAGAACAGAGAGAGGGCAUCUUUCAAAUCUCUUCCUCAGGCCUUUGGAAUAUAAACUUUCUUCUGUGAUCUUUCUUCUGUGUCCGGGGCAAACCAGACUUCAGACCUCCUCGGCUGCCCGAAUCCAGGCUGGAAGGUAGAGUUCUUGGCUGGAAAUCAGGAACAUCAGUCAUUUCCCUUCAAUUCUAUUAAUCGACAGCCAAAUGUGGUGUGCAUUUUAGGAAGACCAGCUCACUGGUGCUUUGCAAGAAUGGAGGCAGAAACAUGGGUUUGAUAACAUUUGCGGUUCUGUCAGAAGUCACGUGAUGAUCACAGGGAAAUUUACUGUACCUUCGAAUGUUGAAAAGAAACGGUCUCAAUUAUAAAUAAACUCAAGCCAGUGUUUUCCAAACUUGAAUGUGCUCCUGAACCACCUGGCAUCUGGUUAAAAUGCAGAUUCUGGCCUCAGCAGGACUGGCGUGGGGCCUGAGAGUCCGCAUAUGUAACAGGUGUCGGGUAUUGGGGCUGCUGCUGGCUGGGGACCACACUCUGAGUGAUAAAGUGUGGGCUGGCAGAGUUCUGCUCACCUAGGGAAAUUUAGUUCAGGUUUGCAGUAAAAUGAGUCUAUGUGCGCUAGGACGCUAUAUAAGUGUUGUCACUGAGGAUGAUCCCAUGUCCUGUGGAGGUGUCCAUGGGCUGGAGAGGAGAUGGGGGGAGGGCAGAGUGGUUAGGUGAGGUGGUAGGUGUGCAGUCUGGGUGAGAAAGAGGAGGUUUGCUGCACUGGUAAGAAGGUUGAAAGAAAGCAAAGAAUGACGACAGCAAAUUCCUCAGUGUGGCCUGGCCAUCUUCUGCAGCAGGGUCCCUGUUGCCCUUUAAGCUUCUCCGAAUCCCAGAAGAUGUCCGUCUGUUCUCCCAGACUCUUGUUUAUACAUCCUCAAUGACACGUAAUGCUGCCCCAUACUGCAAGAAUCUGGGUCCAGAUCUCAUCUCCCUGCCGGGUAGCCUUGGGGGAGGGGCCGCGUAGUACCCGGCGAGCCCGACGUGUAACGGGUCUGCAGCAAAUAUUUACUGACUUAAAUUCUAUGCAACGCAACAGAACAAAUUGCUCACCAAGAUCUCUGGAAACCGCAAAUGUGAUAACUGAACUCUCCUGCAAGAUCUAAUUUAGUGAUUGGUUUCCUGCCUUUUGAAGUUUUAACAUGAUGGGAACAAACUGUUUACUUUUGGUUGAGUAGCUUUUUUGAUACACAGAUGGUAGGGGGUAGGAGAGGAGGAAGGACAUUUGUUCUCAAAGCGUAAUGUUUUCUUCCUUGGCUGGUGGUCUUUGAGCCAGGCACCAGAAAACUACUGGAAUGACAGACCUUCACAAUGUGCUCCGUUAUGGUUGAACCUAUGUACCGAGCCUUUAGAAAUCAAAUCUGCUUCCUUGUUGAAGUACAAAUUCAUCUAAUAUGAUGGCUCUACAGAGAAUGAGUAUACAGGGAAUAACUAUCAUUCCAAAAGGUUGUUUAUUUCUAGAAGGAAAUAGAGUUUAUCAAGUGGCAUGAAUUCCAUUACAUGGAAACAUCCAUUUAGGCAGUCAGCAAACAUUUAGUGAGCUUCCCCAGUGGUGAUGCACCGAGGCCCACAGAGUCAGGCCAAUUGUUCAGAGCCACACAGAAAGGCAGCAGUGGGGAGGGAAUGGAGCCCAGGUCUUCUCUUCCCUGACCCUUUGCUUUUCUCUCAAGCCAGUUGUCAGUAGGGCCCUAUUACCCAACACUUGCCGGUAGGGUGUACGUCCUGUUUCUUGACUCAGACGGCUGAUGGCACAAAAUGGAUGUUCACAAGUGGCUUGUGGUACACCUGUGUCAUUUUGUCUACCAAAGAUAUAAAAGAACAAAACAAACCCCAACCCCCUUUUAACAAAAUCUAGGCAGAAGCUGUACUCCAAGAUCAAUUCUCUUUUCUCCUUCUGGAUUUCCUAUCUUGGCCCCAAGGAGUGUUUCAUCCUUGUCCUUGUGCUCUGGGUACACCCUUGCUAGGUGACAUCCCCAGGACAGGCAGGGCCCAUCAUUCCAGACUCUAGGAGAGCUCUUUCAUUUCACAAAACCCACACACAGUGGUCUGCUCCACCACAUAUUUGGCAUCGUUUGACCUGGUAUUUUAAAUAAUAUGUGGAAUGGUGGAGAAAAAAAAAAAAAAAAAAGAAGAAGGAAGGUGUGUUACUCCAGAUCCCCCUGCGGCCGCUUGUCUCCCAGUGUAGGCCAGUGACUGGAAUAUCUCAGAGCUAUGCUCACCCUGCUACAGCCAGGGAUCGUGUGAACAAAAUGAGCUGUCCUGUUCUCAAGCCAAGUGUUGGAAAGAGGGUCAUUUGGGAGGAGAACAAAGGAUCAGUAUCAAGCUCAUGUGUUAAGAAUCCUCUGAGAAAGUUUUGAUGGAAAGGGUAAAAGAGGAAUGUCCCUACGGUCUACGGCAAAUACAAAGGCCUUUCCUGUAUUUUCAGAUGGACAGGUCUGGGAGAAGCCCAGCCACAGCUCCUACAGCAUGAAAGGGGGAGCAUUUGCCAGAGUGGGAUUCCUAACUUUAUUUCUGCCCCUGGUAUAAUAUGAGUUCAUGUAGGAAAAGUUAUUUAUUGUGUUUCUAGUUAUAUCAUUCAUUAAUUUAUAAUAUCUGUACAUAUUUUAAAGCAUUUACCUAGGGGCGCUGGGUUGGCUCAGUUGGUAGAGUGUGUGACUCUUGAUCUCAGGGUUGUAAGUUCAAGCCCCACGUUGGGUGUAGAGAUUACUUAAAAAAAUAAAAUCUCAAAAACAAACAAACAAACAGACAACAACAAACAUUGAACUAAAAGGGAAAAAUAUAACCUAUCGAGAAAGGCCUGGGUUUUGUAGAAUUUAAAAUAGAUUUUUUCAAUGUCCAGUGAGUUAGUGACUUUCUUUGCAUUGCAAGGCUUAGGUUCUCUUCUGAGACCUGUAGAAACUGAGGAAGCACAAGAUAAGUAUUCAAUACUUAUUGUUAAAUGAAUGAGUGUUCCAAUUAAGUUGUUAUAUAAAGAUAAACUUUAUGAACUCUCUCCUAUUAGUGGGUAGUUUCUGGGUCUCAUACACAAGCAAUAUAAACCCUUUGCUAAAAAAAUCCCAUAAACUUCCUUGCAGAGAAUUGAAUAGGUAUUCUAUAGCAGAUACAUCCUAGCUGCUACUGAAUUAAUAAUUAUAAUUUCCAACCUGGAUAUGCAGAGUCUAGGGAAAUGAAACAAAUGGCCUUUUCUCAUCUGUAUUAGUUAUCUAUUGCUAUGUGACAAAUUACCCCCAAAAGUUAGUGGCUUCAAAUAACAUUUAUUAUCUCAGUUUCUGUGAGUCAGCAGUUCAGGGGCAGCUUAACUGGGUCCCCUGGCUCUGGGUCUUAUACCGGCCUGCAUCCCGAACUAGGAAAGGAUCCACUUCCUAGCUUAUUCAUGUGGCUAUUGGCAGGAUUCAGUUUCCUAUGAGCUGUUGGUUUCUUGCCAUAUAGGCCUCUCCACAGAGCAUCUCACAACAUGGCAGCUUGCUUUAUACCAGCGUGAGGAAUGCUGCAAAGUAUCAUGAGCCUUCCUAAAAGUCAGGAUAUACAUUUAGAACCAAAGCUUCGGAGAUGUCCUCUAUUCUGGUGAUUCCAACGUUUUCCUGAUUGAGGACCCCUUUUAAUUUCCUUGAAGUUCUAGAAAGACCAGAAAGUGUGUGGCUGUUGAGGAAACAGAACAUGACUGUGGAAGGUGUCCCCCUCUCUUCACCCUCCCUCACCUCUUAGGAGUUCCCACAAGAACUUCGGGUAGAGGCAGGGCAAAUGUGCAAGACCAUAUAGAGAGUGAUUAUAGGACCUGCUUUCCUCUUAAGACUGGAAGAGCAUUCAUUAUCCCAAAUGGCUGGCGUUGGGCAAAAUUGCCUUUGGGCAAAAUUUCCACAGGAGGAAAUCAACCCAGAGGCUUAGCACAAAGUCUUAGGCAAACCAGAAACAUUUGAGAGGACUACAGAAGUUCAGGUGUCAGGCAUUAAAAUUAUGGUUGGUUUCUGUGCAUCUCAUUAGGGGAGAAAAAAUAUAAAUGUGCUUAAAUGGACCGGAGGGGAGUCAUAGGGUUGAUUCUGAGGGCUGAGUGAUCUGAACUUAGAGGCAAGCUUAAAGGGAAAAAUCUAUACUGGCCAGAGACCAAGUUAAUGGAAAAUUUAAUUGAAGCGAAUGAAAUGCUAAGCCUCGUAGGUGGUGUGGCCUGGUGCCCUUUGAACCGGGAAGGCUGGGACAGGAGGCCACAGAGGGCCCUGAGGGAAAACGUGAUGAGCUUAUCUGAGCAAGAACAAGGGCGGGACUGAGCCUGAGAAAAGAAAGUCUGCAAACCUCCACUCAAGCCUCAGAGAAAGGCAGCCCGAGGGCAGAGAGGAAAUCUGCUGGUUUCUGCCACCACCUAGAAGUCCUUAGAGGUCCUCUCUGCCUCCCGGAGCAGUGCUGGGUGCCCCUGGUGCUGGAGAGGAGUGAGGCUGAGGCUGCCUGGUGGCAGACACCGUCAGCGCCACCUGAGCAAAAACAGUCACCACUGAGGAGUGCCUGGCGAACCCUGUGGGCAUGAACCGCUACAGCAUGGACCCCUCCGCCUCCACCUUUAGCCACAGGGGCUCCUUGCCCACCUCUUCCUCGCUGUACUGCAAGAGACAGAACUCUGGAGAUGGCCACCUUGGGGGAGUAUUGGCCACCACUGCCAGUGGUCCCCGCUCCAGCCCCAUGUCCUCUGGAGGCCCCUUGACACCUGGGCUGAGGCCCCCAGGCUCCAGCCCCAAGAGAAACGGGACCCCUCUUGAAGGAAACAGAUGUGCCUCAAGCCCUUCCCCAGACGGACAGGAUGCCAGGCGGCCCCGGAGCAGGAACCCCUCCACCUGGACUGUGGAGGAUGUGGUCUGGUUCGUGAAAGACGCUGACCCGCAGGCUCUGGGGCCUCACGUGGAACUCUUCAGAAAGCACGAGAUUGAUGGCAAUGCUCUCUUGUUGCUGAAGAGUGAUAUGAUCAUGAAAUACUUGGGUCUGAAGCUGGGCCCCGCGCUGAAACUGUGCUACCAUAUUGAUAAACUGAAGCAAGCCAAAUUCUGAAGGUUUUUAAAAGAUAGAAGCAAUGUCCAGACAACAGAUCUCAAGAUCAUCUUCUGCCUUACCAACAUCCAGCCACCAUCAUAAAAUGGAUUCUCUUCUUAAAAUUAACAGCCACAAAGACUUGGCCUUUAAAAAAAAAAAAAUGUGCAUCUCUGCCUUUAAAAACAAAAAAUUCAACAUGACCCUUUUGAAAGGCUCCUCUGUGUUAAUGAUUUGCCAAAAAUUAUGGAAAAGCCUGUUAUUUUAACGUUCCUGAUAGGCUGGUUGCUCUUAGAGUGGGUCCUAUUUUUAUGAUGAGAGAGCAGGGAACUGAAUGCUAUUGCCCAAGAAGAACCCUGAAGCGUUCUCACAAAGAUGUGAGAAGAAAGACCUCUGUCUCCACCACAGCACCACCUGUCUUUAACUCUGCCCUGGGGACCUAUCAUUGUGAGCCUUGCUUAAUUCAGCUCUGGAAGCUGUCUUAUGAGGGAAAAAUGCCUCACUUUGCACUAUCUGGAAAACUUGAAUUCUUUUGCCCUCUGACAGAGAAGAAAAAAGUCUUUUCUAUUCCUAGUUAUUUGAAAUACUGUGUUGUCCCACUAGAGGGCAGACUGUUAAUGAAGUUUCAGGACCCUCACUGCAGUAGCCUGCUGAUCCGGUACUCCGUGGAUGGGUUAGGGUCUCUGUGAACAAGAUCUAGCCUACACAGACACGGGGAAUUUCUUCCACAGUCAGCACCACAGAUUGCAACUUGGGAAGAAACCGUCUCUUAGAGCAUUCUAGUUCAUACCCAGUCAUUAUUGAUGGACUGAGAUGCACAAGCAGCAAAGGCAAAAAUCUGGAAGUAUGUUCUUCCCAGAUGGGGCUUUGGAGUCCCUUCCUUUUCAGAGUCCUUACUGAGGUGUUGAUGUGUUGGCACGCCGAAGAGUCUUAGUGACAUUUAGCCAUGGGUGUUUCUUUAAAAAAGAAGAAGAAAAAUGUCUCAGAUAAGCUUUGAAAUGGAAGAGUGCUGAUUUCUAGUUACAUUGCUGGAUUACGUAGUUGUAUCGCUAGCUAAUUUUUCUAGUUCUCAACAAAUACGCAGACAUGCUAUUAUUGGGUUUAAUUCAAUUUACAAAUAGGUUUUCUCCUUCCUCACCGUGAAGUAAUAGAAAAAAAAUUGAUUUUUUACCCCUUUGCAGCUGUGUCCAAGGAAGGACGAUGAAACCACAAUUGAAUAGGCAGGAAGGUGACCUCAUCUCCAUUCCUUUUAUUCUUCUCCUUUCUUUCUGUCCCUCUUUCUUUUAUUCUUCCUUCCUCACUGAACAGGAAGCGUAUCUUCAAACUGAAUUCACCUUCGCCAUGGGCAUAUCCUCUUAAAACAUCUAUAGCGUUGGAGGUGAGGAGAUGAAUGCUAGACUUUGCAAUCUCUGGGAGGGAGAGGAUCAAGGAAAACUCAGGGCCUCCCAUGGUCAAAAUGCAAGUUAGGGAAAGCAUACCUUCCUCUGGGAUGCAGCCGGCAGAGCAGAGCAGGGGUCUCACCUGAUGGCUGGAGCAGGGUGGGAUUUCAGCCCCUCAUCCUUCAACCAGGUGCCCUGGUGCAGGACAGGGGCUGUACAACCUUGAGGGCAGCCAGGGUAGAUCUGAAAGCUGAUCUUCUCGUCGAUCAGGUAGAACUUAGAUGAAGAUCCUAAGGAAGAUUCCAUGCCAUGCCGUUAGACCCAUUUUGAUGAGCGAUAAUCGAGAAAGCACAUCAUAGCAAAAUCCUUUCUUAGACACACACCUGGUGGCUGGACUGAAAGCAUGGCAGAGAAGGGGAGGAGGAGACCGUCCUAAACCUGGCCCCUGAAUUGAGCUGGAGUCAUCAGGUUGUGGGAGAGCUUCAUGUCUGCUGCUUUUAGCACCUGACAAAGCUACCCCGGUGUCAUCAGGCCUUGGGACAGAGUCUUCCAACAUCUUAGAUAAAAUGACUCUGUCCCUCAGAGUUUAAGUGCUCAUGGCUGGUCUGGAGCUAGAUAAGUUCCCUCAAAAGCCAACGUGAAAAUGGUGAGGCCCAGAAAAUCCCACCACAACUCACCCACCCUUUCUGCAUCCGUGGGUUUCCACUCACAUUCCUCUCUCAGACCUGUCGCGCCUCUUCUGCCAACACAUACCUUGUUGGGAGACUUUCAAAGCUUCCUACCCACCCUCACCAGUGCCUCCCUCACUACAAAAGCAGGAGCAUUGGUGCCCCCAAAUUAAAAUCAUCCCCAAACAAUGUCAAAGAGAUACUGUGAGUAGUUUUCGGGGGAGAGAGAUUUUCUCCUCUCAAGUCUAGGAGAAAACUGGAUCCAUGUUCACGUGUAACUGCUCUCAUGGAGGUGCGAUCUCAUUUUGCAUUAAACUUUAAGCAGGACAGAUUGCUGAAGCCAUGAUAUUUAAGGUUUGACUUUUUAAAAAUCUCAUUACUCUUAAAAUGAAUGCUGCCAUAUCAGAAAAUAACCCAGGGAGGAAAUUCCUCCUUGCCUGUUUUUGCACUGAAAUGCAAUUAGCCAACCAAAUUAUUGUAGCAAUACUGCAAUUAUAAUUAAUUUUCACCCCUUUCAAAAAUCUUGUCAGACCAGGCAGCUAAAUAGCUCAGCAAAUGUAAAACAUGCCAGGCCAUUUCCUCUAAAUGGACCUUAAAGAGUCAGGCCAUGUGUGUCAUUCUCGUCCAAACGCGAGCUUAUUUUGGGAACCUCACACUUGUUAUUCCAUGGCAGUAGCUUUGCUUCAGGUUGCGGUGAAUAAUGAUAUAGUUUUGCAUAAUUCCAAAUUAGAGUGGGUGAGUGUGUGUGUGCAUGUCCAGACAUUUCCAAUCACCUGUGUCAAACAUUUUUUUUUUUUAAUCUAAAGACAAUUCUGUUGCCUAAAUCAUUUUAAGUAUUUUAUAAGUGCAUGAUUCCCUUUGUGAAGACUUCAGGUAAAAAGAUGUAGGGUGUGUGUGUGUGUGUGUGUGUGUUAGUUCUAACAGUAGUUGGAAGAGCCUAGAAGAGGCCGAGAGCGGAUCAGUUUUACAGUUGCUUGGUUUAGAAUGCCUCCCAGCUGCAACUUGGAGCAGAACCCACUCUAGGCUGUUAUGACCAGCUAUCCCCUCUGCUGCCAGCAGGGUGCGCCCUGGAGGCAGUUGGGGGACGGUUCUGGGGUUCUGGGCCUGCAUCCCUCAGGCUGGCUGGACCGUCAAGCCAGUCCAGGGCCCCUGUGACUGAGGCAGAGACCUAGCCAGGCAGCCCGUGGGGCAGGGAACAGACGUCUUGAGCUCCUUGUUUAGUGCCCACCAGAGCGUUCACCGGGCUCCCAUCAUUUCUCUUCAGUGGAGCUGCCGGGGUUUUUCCCUUUCAUCAGGAAAAAGGAAUGAAGAACUCCUCAGGAGAACCAAAUGGAAGGAAUCCUGAGCGAAGGUUGGUUUACUUGAGGAGGAAACCAGUGAGAGAGUGAAGAUACAACUAUAAAUUUCAUAGGAAAACAAUAAAAGAGCACCUCUUCUAACAGCCUCAACCCUUGAAGCAGCAAUAACCUAUUUUUGUAUUUAUGUGCUGUAUGGAAUUUUUUUUUAAUUAAAAUUAUUUUUUUAAUUAUUUUUUGAGAUUGCUUUAGGAGAAUUUUGUCGUAACUCUGAAGAUAAUUGGAAACUCCCAGCAGUGACCAAGGACUUGAAUUUAGUCAUUGGCAGAAAGUCGGGAAAGAUGGAAAUAUUCUCCUUGAUGUCUCCAUAGUCAGGUUUUCAUACAUGUGAGCAGGUGAGUGCCAGUGUUUGCUCUCACAGGGCACUUUUUCAACUCUUCCCUGGUGGGGUUACAGGAUGAAGAGAUUGGACUCACUUUUCUUUUUUUAAACCUCAGAUAAGAAGACAUCGGGUUGUGAGGGAGGAGGUGACCUUUUUAAAGCUGCAAUAUUUUGUUAAGGAGAGGGAUGAAAACCUGUUGGUGGAUGUGGUUUAUUUUGUACCAUAAACACACUCCACGAACUGAGUAGUUGCCCAGCUGUGCUGUUGUCUCACCAUGUCUUAUAUUCCUGGUGGCAUGAGAGGGCCGCUUGGGGACCCCAGAAGUGAAUCCAGAAGUCUAGAGAUGCAGUCAUUCCUCUUUCCAUCCUUCUAUGUCACCCCGGGGAUGACGUCCCGCUUCGCUCACACGGCCCUUGAGCUUCCAGCCCAACUGCUGGUCGUGCUGUUGUGCUGUCGAGGGAAGUUCCAGGGAGUCCUUCCCCCCAGUGGUUACCCUAAUCGAAGACGAUUCCUUCCUGGACAAUUGGAAGCUGGAUUUUUGAAAAUCUAACCUUGACUUGAAAGAGAAUCUCUGUUAUUUAUGGCCACCAGUUAAAUAUUAUGGAAACAUGUCUGUUAACAAUUUGCUUUGUGUAAUUUGUUCUAAUGCUAAUAAGUCACAGCUGGGAUACUUCCUGUGGUAAAUUCCUCUGUGGUUACAGUGGUAUUAUCACACACGGACUUCACCAAAACACUGUGCUUAAGAAGAACCGUUCACCCUGGCUCUCGCAGGCUUCAGGAAAUUCCCCUAACGGAGACGCAGCUCUGGGCAAAAGCACGGCGUUUAGAAAAGGAUUUGCUGUUCCUCGCUCCCUCCCUUUCACAAGCAGGGCCCCAGACCCAUACAGAAGCCCCUCACACUUAGCACUGAGUUUGAGUUCCUCCAGAGGAAGAGAUGGAAAGCAGAACUUAGGAAUGACAGCUCCCUCCAGGUUAGGAGGCUGUACCCGGAGUCCAUAUUAAGAGGAGGUGGGCAGGAGAGAGGAGUGGAGACACUUCCAAAGGGGAAGAGCUAGUUCAGCAGUCAAUCAAAUAAUGAGGUCAGAUACUUGCGGAGACAACAGCGUCUUUCCGUCGAAACGGUCUAAGUAGACCACUCAGACUUGCUCCGGGCUGCCGGCCCAUCAUGCUCUGCACUGUUGCUCUACCAUGUGACCUGAGCCUCGGAGUUGGUUCUGUGCAUUGGCGCUUCAUACAAAAGGCCGACACAGGCGUCUUCCCUUAGAUCCUACUUUGGAACACGCCCAGAGCCUUGUGUUUCCCAACAGCUCACUCUGAAAUAGCGGGCCCUGAUGGAGUGUCACUUCAUAGUCAACCUGGGUGACAGGAGACGGCCUCCAACAUAAAUGUAGCACCCCCACAUCUCAGGAAGGUUCUGCCUUCCCCACCCAGCACUGGACCGCCUUCCCCCACAGCCCUGGGAAAUGGCUGUGCCUGACGACGUCCCAUUACGGGGAGUUCACUCCCAUAGGAAGUGGCUUAUUUCUCUGUUGGACAGCUCUGGUUGUGAAAAAGUUCUUUCUCAGGGAGACACAGAUGUCUGCGAAUCAGACACAGACGUCUGAGAUGAAGCCAACUCUGCAAUCUUUCUCUUUUUAACAGAGCUUGUCCGUGCAGUAACCGCACCUAUAAUACAAAUCGAUGUUGGCGAGCAGAUCCCCACUCUGUUACAUUAGAAUAGAGGAGCAGACGCUUUAUAUAAAUGUAGAACUUAGGUCGUGGCCAUCAGAUUCAUCAGCCCUGUCGUGAAAACCUAGCAAAAUUCCUGUGGCCACACACACACACACACACACACACAAAGGGUGUCCUGGGAGAAUCUUCAGUGUCAUCGUAAAUCUGGCUGUGGUCACACAAGCAAUAUGAGUUACGUAAGCUUGUGUGAAUGAAUCUAUAAGGCCGUGUGCUUCGUUAACUGGGGAAAAAAUGCUGUGAGGUACCGAGGGCCUAUCUCUUAAUUGUACUCAUUAGUGAUAUAAUGAACUAAGGAAGCUUUAGUUUAGAGAAAAACAAGUUAUAAUUGAUGACAGAAAAAAACAUGGUCUGUCGUGAAGGUCUGAAGAGUUAUGCAGUUAUAACCCCAAACCCAAGUUACAUUUCAUGCUUGUGUGUGCAUGCAUGAGUGACUGUGCAUUUGUGAGUUAAUGCAACAGGAAGUGGGAAGUGGGAAUUGAGGGGAUGUUUAAGGAGGCAUUGAAGAGGGAGGUUUUGCGUUCUAGAGCAUUCUAUCUUAAUCAGAAGAACUAUCUAGCAAUGAUUUAGAUAUCAGACCCCAAACUGAACAUAACACAUGGUUUAUGUAGCUUACUUAGAUAAAAUUCUGGCUCAUGGAGCAGAUUCUCUAUGAAAAUAUUUUUUUGUAUUUUUAAGUUUUUAAAUGUUUUUAAUGUUUAUAUUUGAGAGAGAGAGAGAGAGAGAGAACCAGCAAGAGAGGGACAGAGAGAGACACAGACAGAAUCCAAAGCAGGUUCCAGGCUCUGAGCUGUCAGCACAGAGCCCAGUGUGGGGCUCGAACUCACAAGCUGUGGGAUCAUGACCUGAGUCAAAGUCGGAUGCUUAACUGACUGAGCCACCCAGGUGCCCCUCUACGAAAAUAUUUAAAUCUUGGUGCUUGGAAAAAGGAACUAUCUAGCACCUUGCAUAGCACUUGCUGUAUAAAAGACACCUUGUUAAUGAACCAUGUGAAACAAUGCUUGACCGGUUUUCACAUUUUUGUCGAAAAACCACUAACUUCUCUUUGAACCCCGUUAUCUUUAUUGAAAGAGAAUUGCCAAAGCGGAGCCUGACACCUUUUAUUCCUGGCUCUCCCAACCUCCCCAGUCACCGACUUGCAUCUUUUUGUCUCACAUUCCCGCUUGGCCUAGUGGUCUCCUGCAGGCAUUAGAGAGUCGUACUUACAGCUUUACUUCUAAGCAUCCUGUCCUUCUCCUUCGCAAUCUGUGAUGCCUCGCACAAAUGCGUCGGGUUUCCAUCUGCGGGUAAACUGUGCAGGGAGGUAAGCAUCUCUGGGGGAGGGCCACAGAGCUCUCUCCAUGACCCCCACACUCCCUGUACCUUGCUCCCCUCAGAGUGGGCAGGUAGCUGAACUGGGCCUCCUGCAUGAGGCACUCUGUCACAGGUAUGGAUGGUAGUAAGCCUCUUUGAGAAGACACAGCCUGCAGGACACGGAUAGAAGAGAACCUUCCUUGUCCUCUUUCAUUCUUUACCAUCUCUGUCCUUGAGAACAGACUCAGAAAUAUCUGGGGCUUCUCUUUCUUCCCAAAUGGGUCCAUAGGAGCACUGAGAAUAGAAUCAUGAGACCGAUUUUUUUUUUUUCAUAAGCACCUCAAAAUUUAGUUUCACCUUCAAAGAAAUCACCUUUAAGAGCCUGGGCACGUGUUCCUAGAAUGUUGUCAUUACUCAGGGUAUUUUUAGUACAUCUCUUCUAGAGUCAUGUUUAGAAGCUAGAACACAUUCUUUCAAAGUGUGGUUGGAAGUGCACUGUCAUCCCUUGGUGGGGGUAGAUGUUUUUUUCUUUUUGGAGCAAGUCAAAGCCACUGGGAUGUUGCCUGGUGAAUGACACAGGUAAUCCAUUUGAAAUUUAAAACGGUGCGUCUCCGUACUCAUUAGUUUGUCUUUUCCUUGUAUGUUUCCUUAGUUGGUCCAAAAGCUUAAAGCAAUAAGAGCCACAAUUCAUUUCCUAACUAUAUCAGGCAGGUGUUGGUGUAAGGAGUUGCAACGCGUAAACCGCUUUGAAGGGCGACAUUGCCUGAUGUGUAACACCCACCGCGUUCAUUUUAAAGUAACCUUAUCGCUGUAUCUUUAGGCAUGGUGAGCUGAUGCUGUGAGUGCUCGCAAAUGUGCAGACACUGCUCUUGUCUCUAGAGCCCCGAUCCCAGAGGAAUUGGGAGGAAGAAGCAUGAGGGACACCUGAACAGCUCACCUCCAGUGUAGAACCUUCUCCACAUCAUCUCCCAUGGGCCCCACAGCACUCUGUGGGGGCAGAUCAAGGGGCAGUGCAAAAGAAACAAGCUCUCUGAGUUAUCAACCCCAUACCCCCACCUCCUCCGCCGGGAGAGGAGGGGGCAUCCAGGAGGCGUUCUGAUCUCUCUCUGUCUGGGAAGGUGACAGCCGAAUCCUCUCCCUGGUAAAGUUCCUGUCCUUAACCGUGCCCUGCAUGAAAAAGCCAGAAACCAAAGGCACAAAUAGGUCAUCUCCCUGUCUCGGUAAGAGAAAAAUAGGGCUGACCGCAUUGCCUUUUCCCUAACUGGAUGGUCUUCCUCCCUUCUAAAGAUUGAAAAGGGUGUGUGUAUGCACAUUCAUGCGUGUGUUUAUGAUUGGGUUUGGGAAUUUGAGAUAAAGUUCAUCCAGUGAAAGUUUAUGCAUCAACUGCUUGUGCCAAGGCCCAUGUGCAAGGAGGAUCUGGUACAUGUAUUGCAGACACUCCAACUACUCGAAAAUUCAUUGUGCUUUCACUUUUUGUGGACGUAAUGGAAUUCUGGAACAUUACUUCAAUUCCAGGCUUUAUUUAGAAGUGCUUGGAGAGUGUGGAGCUUUGAGCCUAGGAAAUGGUGUCAUUUUAGGGGCUAGCUUUUUUUUUAUUAUUAUUAUUCCAAUGGAUCUCAUUUUGCAGACCAGAAAUCAAUGAAUAGAACCUGUUGUAAUGGGGAAGAGCAUUUCCAUUGGAGAGGAAGAGCAGUAAGCUCUGUCACCUGGGGAAAGAGCCUCUCCUUAAUUUUUGUUCUUUGUAAGCAUGAUGCAAUCAGUGUUUCCUAAUAUCGGGACAAUCCUCUCACUUCGAAGUGUUUCUAUGUAAUUGUGUCACAUAAUGAUAAAUUGUAAUAGGCAAUUUGGUUCUGUAAUUCAGUUUGCCAAGCAUGCAAACAUACGAUAACUAGGUUAAAUGCAAAUAAGCAUUACACUAAGGUACAAAAAACAGGGGAGAAAAAAGAUGCUGUGUCUGUAACUUAGAAAGAACAUGAAUUUUAUUCCUCAUGUGCCUCAAAAUGUAGUUUGUUAAAGUUAUUUAUCCUCUCAUUUAAUUUCAUCACAUACUGUUUAUACUAUAAUUAUCUGUGUAUGAACAUACAUGUAUUCUUACUGCAUACAUUGACAGAUCUCACAUGUGCAAUAAGUAGGCUCCAAACAAGCAUGUUGUCAGAGUGAGUUGAUGUGCUCAUUUUUUACGGUAAUAGACGAUUAUAUAUAAGACACCAUAUCAAAAUGUGCUUUUAAUUUUUCAAAGCUUUUUUGUUAUUGUACAUAAGCUUUUUUCCUUUGGGCCAAUUUUUUCAUUAUUUAGAGAUCUAUUUUUAAUAUAUUCCUUUGAAUAGUGACUGGUAGGUACACUAGAGUCAGAUAUGUAGUUUCAUUAAAUAAACACUACUGGCCUUAAUGAUUUUAAUAUUUUGGGGUGCUUUUUUCAUUUUUGAUGCAGUAUUCUUUUUUUCUAGUACAGUGUAUUGUGGGCCUGGGAGUGAUUCAGUAAAAUUUCUAAAUCUUAAGAUUCCAAGACAAUGCAGUAUUUUCUGUUCAUGCUGUAAAAAGUAUUUCUGUAUUUUAAUAAAGAAUGGAAUUUAUGUGAGACCGUA